CGUAGGAGCAGGAGAGCAGCAGCUGCAGCAGACGAUGAAGAAGAAGAACAAGAAGAAAAUGGGGUCUACGGAGGUGUCACGGCAUAAGUUGAGCAUCUUUGAGUGGACAGAAGAUACAAAGGAACAUAUCGAGCUCAUUCGGAAAGCUAAGUUUCGGGUAGGAGUGCCGAAAAUAAUGGAUGGCGGAGCAUCGGACGCUCUGGCGCACUCACUGCUGACAGAUUUGCACGGUGCUUGCGCCCAUCUCUCGGAAAUGCUGUAUCAGAAAGACACACACUUCAUCCUUGAGUUGAUUCAGAAUGCGGAAGACAAUACCUACCCGGACGAUGAACGACCAUCACUGAUGUUUGUCUUAGGAGAGGGCGAUCCAACGGUCGAAGGGGGAGCAGAGGUCGAUCAUCAGAGCCCAAGAACAAUAAACAACAACUCCAUGUGCCAACUGACGUUGGCCGUCUACAACAACGAGUUGGGGUUUCAAAGAGAGAAUGUGGAGGCUCUGUGUGGAAUUGCGAAGUCGACGAAGAAGAACAAGGAGUUUGGCUACAUCGGAGAGAAAGGUAUAGGAUUUAAGAGUGUAUUUGUGGUCUGCAAACGCCCUUGUAUUUUGAGCGGGGGAUAUCGGUUCGGCUUUGACGAGUCCCCGGAUUUGGAUGCUGGCAUUGGCUACAUUGUCCCGACAUGGCUCGAUGAGAAUACGGCAAAUGCCUCUCAGCUGCGCAAGUUCUAUUUGCAAGACGCAUUUCGAACAGCAAUCCUAUUACCGCUUAAGCCAGAGAAAGGGAAGCAUGUCUGGAACCAACUGUGGGAAAUUGCUCCAGAGACGAUGCUUUUCCUCAGAAAGCUGCAACUCUUAGUGAUUUACGAUUUGGUUAACGGAAGUUUCACUGCAUUUGACAGGAAGCUUGACAAGAAAACCGGCGUGGUGGAAUUGAAAAGAAACACAGUUGCAACAAAAGAUUCUGUGCGGUAUUGGCUAUACCAAGCUGUAUUCGAUGUGCCGUCGCAGAUUGUCGAGGAGAAGAGGGUUGGCAUUACUAAAUGGACAAUCUUCGUAGCUUUUCCAUUUUGCAAAAGUGGGAACACAGGCGAAGAUGCACAUGAUGUCUUCGCUUUCCUGCCUACAGAGGUUAGAAGUGGCUGGCCUUUUCUGAUCAAUGCGGACUUCUUGCUCAUUGCAUCACGUGAGGCGAUCCUGUUCGAUAGACCGUGGAACGUGGGGCUGCUGCAAUGUAUGCCAAUAGCCUUUGUAGAGGGGUACUUGGAUUUACAGAGAAGAGAAAGGUCAUGCGUUUCGACUCUUGCGUCUAAGCAAUACGACGUCUUGCGGUUUGUGCCACUGCAUACUGUCAGCAAAGGUUUGGAAAGUGUGAGGAAACAGAUGAUUGCUUGUCUUAGGUCGCAUGAAGUUAUCCCUGUGUCAAAGUUGUUUAAAGAAGGAGAGAAUGCAGCCGCAGGAGCUUCAAGGGUGUCUCCGUCUGCGUUCGGUCGGAGCUCUCGAAGCAGCAGCUCUGGUACACCUUCGUUGACAUCGGGUAGAAACUCAGCUCCGCUGGAAAAUGCAGGAACAGCUGACAUGGGAGGCAGCAUGCAGAAAGGGAGGGGUGAGAACCUGGGGGCAAACACGGCAGAUGAGGUGUUCGCAUGGUGUAACCCGAAGUAUGCGAGGAUGGCUGAUCCUAUCUUUGUUGAAUUCUUGUGGAGGGUGAAGAACGCAGGGUACCCCAUUCCUUUUUGGUUUGGUACGAGAAAGGAAAGGGGUGGCCGGAGUUCUGCGCCUUCCACAAGCGGGAAAGAAGGGGGAUUGAAGUGGAGGAUGUAUCUUGUUGAUGAAGACGCUCAGCAGAGGUAUUAUUUCCAGCUUGUGGAGUUGGGAGUGCAGUCUAUGAGCAAAAAGUGUUAUUGGGACUGUGUGGGACUCGGUGACUGGUGUGAAAACCUCAGUGAUGGUCUCUAUGUGGAGCUGCUUGCGGUUUUUGCAAACGGCCAGUUUUCGGGAAAGGAGGACAUGGCGCAGAACGGGGUUAAACUUCUCCGCGUGGAUGGGGAAGAAAAACUGUCUGAAUCGACAAGUGAAAGACCUGUAUAUCUGCCACCUGUUGAGCGGGAUGACUGGUUGACCACGUGCAUCGAACAGCUGCAGACAGUAGCGCCAGUGCGGCUCUUUUCGAAGAGAGUGUACAAGACUCUUUGCUGCUCCUCUUCAGGCUUGUCCAUUGUUGGCAUGCUGCAAAAGUUCUUGAAUGUGAAAAGACUCACUGCGGAGAGCUAUGCGUCCCAGGUCUUUCAAGCUUCACUUCAGCUAGCGGACCCAGAGAAAGUUCUUUUGGUCACCGACUUCUUCCGCAAUGCCCUUGAACGGUACGCAUUGCCUGUGCCAACCACCAUUACUCGGCUCUCGAUGAUUCCUGUACUAGAAGAAAAUGGCCGCAUCAUUCUUCGGGGAGCGAUGCACUGGCGGCAGGGUUCUGGAUUGGUUCCCACACCAGUAAAUUCCAUGCCAGUGCUCAUGCCUCAGUCUAUUAGCAGGUGGCCAGCUCUGCUGGCAGGUGAAACCAGUUGGGAGGGAAAGGUAAUCAAGCUGUCUAAAGCAUACUUGCGGAACUCUGCCCCCCAAUUUCAUGGAAGUGGGGGGCAGCAGGUUCAUCACGAGUUACAAGACCUUCGCAGCAAACGUGAGGAUUUCAUCAAAAGGUAUUUGAGAGCUGUGGAUCUUUUCAGUCUUGAACCAUCAAGUGACGCGGGAUUGCAAAUCCUUUACCGUUCCCCGCCUGAAGGCCUCCCUGCCAAGAAGGCCAAGAUACUGAUUGAGUGGCUCGGAUACCUGGUUGUGAAAUAUGGUCUGACUUGCGGGAUCUCAAGAGGGAGUCUAAAAGUUAUCGUCUUCCUCCGUUUUGGCAGGCCAUCCACCAGUGUUCCUGGGUGCCAACAUCAUGUGGGGGCCGGAGACCUGUUGAGGCGUGGCUUCCUCCCAAACGAAAGUGCCAGAUGGUGCGAGCCAUCGGACUGUGUGUGGGAGGACGAGGAUGGCUUGUUCGCUGACAGCUUACCAGUACUCAAGGGCGUGUAUGCAAACGAGAUGCAGCAAUGGUUCAAACAGAUAGGUGUGCAUGCACAGCCGACGGUUGACCACUGCCUUCAGAUCUGGCUGGACCGGACUCAACACCACAGAGCUAGGGAGGAUGCAUCUUAUGUGGACACCAACUUCGCAGGAAAAGUCUGGGGCCUGAUUGCUCGAUCGGCCAACGAGGCUCAGAAGUCCAAGGUCUGGGCAGUGUUCUUGAAGACAGCAAUGCUCCCAGUUGCCGUAAGGGCAGGUGAAAGUGAUGAUGGUUGUGAUGGCUCUGCUGGAGGCAGGCAGGUUAAUAAGCAGACAUCGUCUGCAGCUGCAGCUGCAGCUGCUGGACGUUCAAGGCUUCGGCUGGGCAAACCGAGCAGGUUGUUUAUCCCUGAUGAUUUGCUGCUGGAGAAGGUCUUUGUUGAUUGCGAUCCCACUCUGCCAUUGGUCUGGCUUCCAGACACUGCCAAUCCGCAGGAGUUACACAUGCUAUUCCACCUGUGCACGGCCAUGGGGGCACAUUUGUUGAGUGAAGCGAGCACGACCAAAGUGUUCCGAAAAGGAAAGAGCUUACCGCUCCCUCUGCCGUCCAAUCUUCACGUUGAGCUACAAACAGGUCAUAGCGCUCCGGAGCCGGUGCUUGGAGAUCCUCUUUUCACUGCAGUGUUGGGAUGUUGGUACUUGCCAGGGGUGAUGGAUCAGUACGAUCGGGAAGAGUAUCGUACAGUCGCACGGAAUGGAUUCGCUGAGCGCAUUGCAGAAUUAGCCCAGGCUGUGUCAGGUGGCGUUCUCCCUUCGCAUCAUAAAGAUUUGGUGAAGAAAUGUGCAGAAUUCUUGCGAAGCUUUCUGUUGCCUCGCCUGCUGACCAUGGAGGCAGUGGAAUACUUGCUUAGGCAAAACAACAUUCGGUUGUCAAAGGUGGAUCGUCAAUUCAUUCAAGAUGCGAAGGUGUCACCAACGAUAAAUCAGAAAGAUACACAAAUGGAUGAGAACACUGGUGCAGCUAAUGGCAAUGCAAGUGAUGAAGAGGGAAUGAUGGCGGAUGGACACGGGGAUGGAGAUGUGGUCGUCAAUGCCAUUACGAUUCCAUUGCCAUUAUCCGCUGCUGGCAAUUCGGGUGCAGAAUAUUACUCGGAUGCCUCUGCUGCUGAGCCUAAAACUGUGCAGGAAACCAUAAUUGAGGUCAUGGAGGGAGAACUCAACCCCAUGGCAUCACCUUCAACAAUAAGGGAAAUGGAACAGGGACAGUGGAAUGCUGGCCACCGUGGCCGGCAUUCUGGAAGCACGCAGUCCUCAGGCUGUCCAAUGGAGAGCGUUGCCGUACCUUCUGCAGGGGUCAGAGGAGAGAAGAAAACGCCACAGUCAGGUGCGCAAGUCAAGACGAGAGACGAGCUCGCCACGAGCAGAGCCGAUGCGAUUAUGGAGGUCGCAACUUCUCAAGAAGAGGGUGCGCCCUCUGCACCUGUUGUUGUGGAGUCGGUCAGGAGGAGAAAAUAUGCUAACUUAAGAGGAGUAUAUGACUUCCCAAGAAGGGUCUUGCUUCUGUUACCACUUCUUUCUCAGGACUUCUAUAACUUUGCCGCCAUCGCUGCAACUCUAGCUCCCGGCUUUGGCUCGGCGCCCUGCUGUACAGCAGAGCAUGACCGGCCUGUGGCCGCCGAGUUCGCCCAGGGGACACGAAAGUGGAAGGACCGCUGCUGUCUUUUCAACUGCGCGCCGAGUCCUGUGCAGUCGAGUUAUGGGAUAGGUGCAGUGAUUGUGAAAAUAAAAUAAAAAAAAUGUAAAGAAAAAAUAAUAAAAGAAGAAAAGAAAAAUGAAAACAAAACGCUGUG